UAUUCAAAUGGGAAAAUGGUAAAUUAAGUUUGCUUGGAGCCGAAUAAGAAUUUAUGAUUGGAGUAAAAUCCAAAUCCGAAUGCAAAGGGGAAUGAUCGCCAUCUGUAAGGUCUAAGCUCCAUAAUUUUGCCACCUGUCCUUCAGCCCUGCUAUUUGAAGCCGAAGAAAUGGAAAAGAAAUUGAGUUUAAUUUGGAAAAAAUGGGUUCAGAGACUUUGAUUGAAGUGAUUCUUGCAAUUCUUCUUCCUCCUGUUGGAGUUUUUCUUCGUUAUGGCUUAGGGGUGGAAUUCUGGAUUGAUUUGGUGCUGACAUUGGUGGGUUAUCUUCCAGGAAUUAUAUAUGCAAUUUAUGUAUUAGUAGUAUAGCAAAGUGCAGAUAUUUUCUGCUUUUGUUUUAUAAUUUGGUGUAGAUUUUGAUGGAAAUUAGCUGUGUUUUCAGUUAAUGAGAUAUGUUUUCUUCCAUGAGUAUCUCAAUUGUAAAGCAAAGGAUUAGAAGUGAUUUGAUUUUAUAAACAUCUUUUCCUGCA